AUGCGGCGGUCCCUCUCCCUCCUCGCACGGCAGGUGGCGCGGCGGCGGCUGCUGAGCAACGUGCUGGAGUCCACCGUCUACGGGGGGCCACGCCCGCAGGAGUCGGCGGCGGCGCGGCGCGUGACGGUGACCACCCUCCGCGGGAAGCACCGCCGUGGGGAGCCCAUCACCGUCGUCACCGCCUACGACUACCCCUCGGUGGUCCACGUCGACUCCGCGGGCAUCGACGUCUGCCUCGUCGGGGACUCCGCCGCCAUGGUCGUCCACGGCCACAACACCACGCUCCCCAUCACGCUCGACAUCAUGCUCGAGCACUGCCGCGCCGUGGCCGCUCCUCGUCGGGGAUCUCCCGUUCGGCUGCUACGAGUCCUCCGCCGCGCAGCUGUGAGGGUGCUGAAGGAAGGUGGAAUGGAUGCAAUCAAGCUGGAAGGGGGUGCGCCAUCGAUGAUCACUGCAGCUAAGGCUAUUGUGGAGGCUGGAAUUGCUGUCAUGGGGCAUGUUGGCCUCACGCCGCAAGCUAUUAGUGUGCUCGGUGGAUUUAGGCCUCAAGGGAUGAAGGGAAGACGGUUGACAGUGCUGUAA